AUGUCUGUGGGCUCAGAGAGUGAUGACUCUGUAACAGCUAAUGGGAAGGUUUACAUUCCUGAAGUAAGAAAUGAGGAAACACCAGCAGUUGGGAUGAAGUUCGACUCGCUUGACCUCGUUUAUAAUUUCUAUAAUAGAUAUGCAUUCUUGGCUGGCUUUGGUAUUCGACUUCAUUCCAGCUUUUGGGGGAAAAAUAAGAAAGAGAUUCUGAGAAAAGAAUUUGUAUGUUGCAAACAAGGUGCAUACCGGAAUGAUGAAACUCGGGAGAGAAAAAGACAGCGGGGAAUAAGUAGAUGCAAUUGCAAAGCUAAGAUUGUGGUUGUGAAGACACAUGGGAGCAAGAAGUAUACCAUCUCUCUUUUUGCAGAGGGACACAAUCAUAAGAUGACACCCUCAGGAAGAAUGCAUUUACUGAGAUCACACCGUCGUAUUUCAGAUUCUACAAAAGUACUUACAAAACAGUUGGGUUCGGUUAAUAUUCCCAUUAAUCAAAAGCUGAGGAACCACGAUGUUGAACUAGUGACCGAGUAUUUUAUGGCUGAACAGAAAAAAAAUGAGGCUUUUUAUUUCAAGAUUGAGGGAGAUGGCGAUAACAGGUUUAGUCGAUGUUUUUGGGCAGAUGCAACUUCUAGACGGGCGUACGGGUUUUAUGGAGAUGUUGUUGUAUUCGAUACCACAUUCAACACGAAUAGAUACGACUUGACAUUUGCACCAAUGUUGGGAGUUAAUAACCAUGGUCAAACAAUUGUCCUAGCAUGCGCAUUUUUGAGCAAGGAAACGACUGAGUCGUUUAUUUGGAUGUUUGAGGAGUUUAAGAAAGCCAUGCCAGGUGGCGAACCUAAAACGAUCAUCACAGAUCAAGAUGCGGCAAUGAGCAGAGCGAUUUCAAUAGCCUUCCCGACUACAUUUCAUCGACUUUGCGUAUGGCACAUCACAUCAAAGUUCUCUGUUAAGUUACCACAUUCUGCUUAUAAGGAGUAUUUGGGUGAAUUCCAGAAAGCCAUAUGGGAUACUGACAAUAAGGAUGAGUUUGAUGCAAAAUGGAAUAUUGUGGUUACAAAGGCUGGUUUGACUGACCAUCCAUGGCUAAGUUGUAUGAAGUACCAGAUCAUAGGUUGCGCAGGUCAGGGUGGUUUUGCUCAAGUGUAUAAAGCAUAUGUCAGCUGUAAUCCUGAUGAUGUUGUUGCUUUGAAGAUACAAAAGCCUGCUUUCCCUUGGGAGUUCUAUAUGUAUCGUCAACUGGAUCAACAGAUCUCAGACAAGGAAGGUCUUUGCCUUGUCGACUGGGGAAGAGGGAUAGAUAUGCAUCUCUUUCCUGACAAUAUGGAGUUUAAGGGAGAUUGCCGGACUUCUGGAUUUCGUUGUGUGGAGAUGCAAGAGAAUAGGCCAUGGGCUUUUCAGGUAGACACAUAUGGCCUCUGUGUUGUCCAUUUGAUGCUGCAUAAUUCUUACAUGGAGAUUGAAAAGAAACUAUCACCUGAAGGUGGUUACAUUAAUCAAUCCAAGUCAUCUUUUGAAAGUGGCCCCCACGCUAAUUACAAGAAGUUGCUGCAGGAUUUGAGGGAGUCCUUCCAGGAUUACAUGUGCUCGGACCCUCUGCUUAUAAAGAAACUUAGCGGUUUACUGGUUAAGCAAAGGGCCACAAUGGGUGCUUAG